AUGGGUGAGCGGAAAGGAUCGAACAAGUACUAUCCACCAGACUUUGAUCCGAAGAAGAUUCCACGGAUCCGAAAACCGAAGAAUCAUCAGACGAAGGUUCGAAAUAUGCUUCCGGAUAGUAUCCGGUGCAACACUUGUGGGAAUUACAUAUCGCAAGGCACCAAAUUCAAUUGCCGUAAAGAAGAAGUAAUCGGCGAGACCUACUUAGGGCUCAAAAUCUCUAGGUUUUACUUCAAGUGCACUAAAUGCUGCGCCGAGCUGAUUAUGAAGACCGAUCCACAGAAUUCGGGUUAUGUAGUCGAAUCAGGUGCAACUCGCACUUAUGAUCAACACGAAGAAGAAGAGCAAGCCGAGGAGAGUGGAGAUGCGUUGAGUUCUUUGGAGAAGAGAACUUUGGUUUCUAAAAGAGAGAUUGAAGUUAUGGCUGCGCUUGAUGAGAUGAAAUCUAUGAAAGCUAGACGAAUGUCUGUUAGCAUAGACUCUCUGCUUGAGGGUUUGAGUAGAAGAAACAAAGAUGAUGAAGAAGAAGCAAAAGAAGAGGAUGCAGUGCUGAUAAAAUCUAUAAGAUUUGGUAAGCAGAGGAGGAUUGAUGAAGAAGAAACCGAUGACAAGAAGAGAAGAAUGGAGGAAAUAGAUGAGAAGAAGAAACCUAAGGCUAAGAGACUUGCUUGCGGUAAAUCUCCUAGUCAAAUCUCUUCUGUUCGUAUAAAAACCUCUAAGAAGGAGAAGACAACAAGUAUGGGACUCGCAUCACUAUGUCACAACUAUGGUACUGAUGAGGAAGACUGA